AUGCUUAUUACUCUCCCUCGCUCUCUCUCUCUCUCACUCUCUCCCUUUAUAUCUCAUUCUCUCUUUUUUUUCUCUCUAGUUCGUUUGUUGUUUCUUGUUCAAUGCCUCUCCCAAAUUCUCCCCCCUCUCUCUCUCUCUCUCUCUCUCUCUCUAUAUAUAUAUAUCUACGCUCUUUUAAUGUUUUCUCAAUGUCUGACAUUUCUCUCUAGGUUGAUAAGCCGUAAAAAUACAUAUCAAUCAAUCGUUUUUCAUGCGAUUCAAUUCUUUUUCAUUCUCUUUCGUUCUCUUUCCAACUCUUAUUUUGCUUUUCACCGUUUUCAUUUUCUCUCCUUCUUUCAUUCUUUCAAACUUUCCCCUCGAUUUCUUCCUCUUCUCUCUUGCUAUUUUCAUCAACAUCUCACCUUAAUUUCUAUCACUCCUCAUCCCCGUUUUCUUCUCUUUGCACACUCUUUCUUUCUUUCUUUCUUCUUCUUCUUCUUCUUCUUCUUCUUCUUCUUCUUCUUCUUCUUCUUCUUCUUCUUCCCACCCUUUUCUAUUCUUCUCCAGAUUUCUUCCUCAUCUCACCUUAACUUCUAUCACUCUUCAUCCUCAUUUUCUUCUCUUUUCUCUCUGUUUCUUUCUUUCUUUCUUUCUUUCUUUCUUUCUUUCUUUCUUUCUUUCUUUCUUUCUUCUUCUUCUUCUUUCUCCCCACCCUUUCUAAUUCUUCUCCAGAUUUCUCCCUCAUCUCUCUUGUUAUGUUACCCGCCGUCUCUGUUACUUGACCGAAUAUUUUUCCUUGCUUCCCCUUCCCGCAUUUCUGUCGUCUGCUUCGCUUAUCCUUUUGAUAAUUUCAUAUUUUCUAUCUAUCAAUCAGCGUUGUUUUUGCUUUUUCUAUUGUGA